AUGUUCUACCAGACUGCCUCCUUCUUUAUGCCUUGUACAUUUAAAGAAGUUCUUCAAGUUGUACGGCGCGCACUAGUUCUUGUACUAUGGAACGCAUCACAAAUAAUUUGUUCAGCGGAGAGGAAAUAUAAUCAACUUUGUCAUGCUGCCGCUGGUGCUGCUGGACAAUUGAUACAACGAAGAGUGCGGUACUUUGCGCAGGUGGAUAUUCUUUCGCAAACGGCAGUUUCCUGGCUGGUGUUGGAAUUUGGCGCAGCAGAUCUGUCGCGAGUUCGCAGUUCAAAAUUUCUCGUCGCCGUUGUCCACGACUAUUGCGUCAUCUACAACGUUUUCUAGUACAACUUCAAAGGUCGUUGGCAUCAAGGGUCGUGCUGAAAGAGAAGUUGACAUCAAGGGUCGUGCAACAUCUGAUGAAAGAGAAGUAGAAAUACCAAUACCUCCAAGACGUCGAACAAGCUACUUCCCAAGACCGGUCUCGUCAGAAGUAGAUGUUGGCGUUGCUCUUGCACCACCAGAGAACAGGGUGGAUCUUCACCUAGAACUACAGCACGACGACCGCGAGGGGGAGCCUUAUCGUGAGGAAAAAUCCCCCCUCCCCUUAUUGAAAGCGCAUCCAUCUGAAAAUUUGUGAUGCAGAUUUGUGACCACAAAUCGCGUCUUUCUUGCAAGAAGGCAAGUCCAGGCUGCCCGGCACGUUAUGCGGGCGAUUUGUAAUGCUGCAGGGCCUACAGGGCAGCCGUCUACCAUGCUAGGCGCCUACGCCAAAAGGUCCCUACCUAGGCUUGCGAGCUGCGUGCAGUGCUCUACUGCAACACAGAUUUGAUUUGUGUACUGCGAUACAGCAUCACAAAUUUCGUUUUCGAUAUGGGGUGGGGGCUUUUUUCACUUUGAUAAGCCUUGUCCCGAGUUUUCCGUCGCCGAUUACGCAGGGGCCCAGUUUGCGGUGUAUCAAAUGUAAAAAUGUCUGGGUCUGGAAGAAUGCGACUUGUAAUGCUGAAUCUGAAGCAUGCAAAAAUCUGUGUUGCAUGAUUACCAAAAGUCGUCCAGUUUUGACCAAGUCUGGCGCGAGUUUCUCAUGCAGGAUAGGCAUGAGAGCGCUCGCACAGAAUCUGUCAUGCUCCGUCCUGCAUUCCAGACCCCAUGGGUCAUGCAAAAGCUGCAUGACAAACCUGGCAAUCUUCCUGACCCAGACAUUUUUACAUUUGAUACGGUGCACCGCGAUCGCAUAUUGAGAAACACGAGGGAGCAAUACGAGCGGUUGUUGGAGCAAACCGGCGUUGUCAUGGGGGACUGCCGGGAAAAUGUUCCUACCCUAGAAGAAACCAAAUCAUAAAACAGCAUCGCGGUGGUCGUCCUCGGCGAGUCGGCUGCUCGACGAGAAUGAAGACGACUUGCAUCACAAACACCACGCUGCUCUCUUACCUGCCCGAAAACUUGGCAGGCCAGGUAAGAGAGCGCCGUGGUGUUUGGGCCAAUUUUUUUUUCGGCCGACGCGACCUUUUUUCCUUCCAAGCGCCACGCUAUGCUCUUACCUGGCCUCAAAGUCUGGAGGCCCAGGUAAGAGCACAGCAUGGCGCUUGUGCUUCAAGAAUGUGAAUGUCUCACGCUUUGGCCACCUCCUCAGGCCAGCACGUUUUCGCAUCCCAAACACCACGCUGCUCUCUUACCUGGCCCCAAAACCUGGCAACCCAGGUAAGAGAGUGCCGUGGUGUUUGGGCGAAUUUUUUUUUCGGCCGACGCGACCUUUUUUCCAAGCGCCACGCUAUGCUCUUACCGGGCCUCAAAGCCUAGAGGCCCCGGUAAGAGCGCAGCGUGCUGCUUGUGCCUCAAGAUCACCCCCCUUAUCUGGCUUUCUCGGGCCAAGACAUUUUCGCAUCACAAACACCGCGCUGCUCUCUUACCUGGCCCCAAAACCUGGCAGCCCAGGUAAGAGAGUGCAAUGGUGUUUGGGCCAACUUUCGGUGGCCGGAGCAAUCUUUUUCCCCGGCGCCACGCUAUGCUCGUAGCUUGGCGGCCAAGAAUCUAUUUUUGAUCUACUCCCUCCAAAUUUUUAGUCGAAGAAAUUCACUACCAAAAACCGUAUCGCGGUGGUCCUCGGCUAGUCGGCUGCUCGACGAGAAUGAAGACGACUCGCAAGAUUAUCCUAUUUGAAAAUGUCCCCACCCUAUUACUAUCUAUUAUAUUCAUGCGAAAGUAGAGGUCUACAGAGGAUAAAAGAGAGGUGGCCGAGAGGUCAAAAAGAGGCCGACAGAGGUAAAAAAGAGGUCGACAGAGGUGAAGAGGUGGCGCGGGAGGUCUUUCGAGAGGGAGACCGAGAGGCGGCGCGAGUAUAGCCCGCCGAAGGGUCCACCCUUUAGCGCCGCUGAAGCGCCUCGGAGGGUGCAGAGAGGUGGAAAGGAGGGCAAGCGAGAGGUGGGCAGAGGUGCCGAGAGGUUGCGCGAAUAAGGCGGGACCUCUUGCGCACCCUCUCGGCGACCUCCCGGCCACCUCUGUAGCCCUCUGCCCGCGAGUAUAGCCCGACUAUUAGCGGGGACCCCCGAGAGAGGUCAAAAAGAGGGGCCGCGAGAGGGUCCAAAAAACCCGAAUCCGCCCGGCACGCGGCCGAUUUUUCUGGGGCUUUUUCAUUGCGCAGGCCCACGCCCUCUCGUGCUACCACCUCGCGCACCCUCUCGCGCACCCUCCCGCGUCACCCUCUCGCGCGUGAUCAAAAAAGGACAGCGCGGCCCCCGUUCUGCUUCGGUAGGCACCUACGCCGAGGCGGUUUCGCUUCGUCCUCAAGCUUCGUUGCGGCUGCUCCCUGCGCAUAGCGCCGGAAGGCGCGGGAAGCGCGCAGGAAGCACAGCGGGCUGAGAUGACGCAAACCGCGCCGGUAUUUCCCUCGACCUAUCACGUCGCGCGCAAUCAAAGCCAUGGCGUUGUGGCCCUGUCCGCAAAUAGUCCUGCCCCGCCACAACAGCCGCUCGCCCCGGCGUCAGCCGGGGCAUGGCUGGUAGUUGUAAUGCAAAUCUGCAUGCUGAGAAUGUUUCUCAUGCGGAGCCCCAUGAGAACCAUUCUCUAGUCGUGUUUUGAAAUUUGUCAUUCUCCAAUCAGCAUGGUAUGCUAGAUCUGUGAUGCUGCUCAGCUAGCUCAAACAGCACUACGCUACGAAUCCAAAUUUGUCAUGCAAAACAGCCAAAGCUUGUGGAUUUGUCUAGCCGAUUCCCCAUCUUGACUAUGGUGUGGGGACGUUUUUACUCAGGAUACAAGAUUGAUGAAUUCCUUGUUGAAGAUAGUAGAACAAGCACAUUUAAAUUUAUCCCAGUUAAAGCUUUGACGAAAAACAGCAAGCUCCUAGUACAGGGAAAAGGCAACUUCUCCGCAGCCCCCGUGUAGCGCCGUCGACGCCGAUUUGCCAUACGUUUACGUGAUUAUGGUUUUUUUUUCAUCUUGCAUAACUGUGCACGGCAAGCCGAAAUCUUUCUAUCAGGGGGUGGUGUUCGAGCGGUUGUGGCAUGUCAUUUUCGGCGAGGCGUUGGUUGUCGAGAGGCGCAAAGACCGAAAGGAUCUAGCGGGUGAGACUAUCAAAUGCAAAAGUGUCUGGGUCUGGAACAAAGCAACUUGUCAUCCUAAAUCUGAAUCGUGUAAAAAUCUGUGUUGCAUGAUUACCAAAAGCUGUCCACUUUUGACCUAAUCGAGAGGCAGUCUCUCAUGCAGAGUAGGCAUGUAGAACUCUCACGACAGAAUCUGUCAUGCUAUGUCCUACAUGCCAGACGACCUCAUGGGUUAUGGAAAACCUGCAGGACAAAUCUGGCAAUCGUCCAGACCCAGACACUUUCACUUUUGCAAUCCAUAGAGACUGUCAUACGAGGAUGGCACGAUUACGACGGACCUUGA